UUUAGCUGCUGACUGAUCAUUACAGGCAGCGGCUCAGAGAACCGAGGAUCUGCCAUGCUGAACUAUACGCUGAUUCUGGGGGCUGUUCUGCUGGCAGUGUGUCUCUGGCCUGCAGAUGCUCAGAACACAUGUCCUGCAGCAAUACCUGGCCUGCCUGGCUUUCCCGGCUUUCAUGGACGUGAUGGAAAAGACGGGGAGAAGGGGGAGAAAGGAGCGCCAGGAUUGACAUCGGGACAAAAUGCAGAAAAAGGGCUAAAGGGGGAUCGUGGCCUAAAUGGACCCCAAGGAAAGAGGGGACACCCCGGAGACCCUGGCCCACCUGGACCUGCUGGUAUUCGUGGACCACCUGGAGACCAGAGCAAUUUAAGUGACUCCACAGCAAAGUCUGCUUUCUGUGUCUCACGGGGAACUAUAGCUUAUCCAGCCCCCAACACCCCAGUAAUAUUCAACAAGGUCAUCACCAAUAUCAACGAGCACUUCAAUGUUGAAGAGGGUAAAUUUGUGUGUCAGAUCCCCGGCAUGUACUACUUUGUGUACCACACAACCUCUCAGGGUAAAACGCUGUGUGUGGGGCUGAUGGUUAAUGGGGAGAGGAAAGCUUCCUUCUGUGAUCACACUCAAAGCGCAGGUACGCACUACCAGGUGAGCUCAGGUGGGCUAGCUGUGUACCUGAGCCCCAACCAAAAGGUCUGGCUCGAAACUACUGCACAUAAUGGCAUGUACGGAGCUGGCGAUAAAGGCGACAGUGUCUUCUCUGGGUUUCUGAUGUAUGCACAUUAAUUGGCUGUGUGAAAAUAUUUCAGUGCAAAUAAAAAAAGUAUCUUUUAACAGUGCAAAGUACACAAUUAACAGUGCAAUUUGUGUUUCUGCUUCCUGUACCACUUACAAAAUAAAAUGCUUCUAAACUGA